CAUGCCAUCGGAGCCUUGGAGUUGUCCAUGCCAUCUGAGCCUUGGAGUUGUCCAUGCCAUCGGAGCCUUGGAGUUGUCCAUGCCAUCUGAGCCUUGGAGUUGUCCAUACCAUCUGAGCCUUGGAGUUGUCCAUGCCAUCUGAGCCUUGGAGUUGUCCAUGCCAUCUGAGCCUUGGAGUUGUCCAUGCCAUCAGAGCCUUGGAGUUGUCCAUGCCAUCUGAGCCUUGGAGUUGUCCAUGCCAUCUGAGCCUUGGAGUUGUCCAUGCCAUCAGAGCCUUGGAGUUGUCCAUGCCAUCUGAGCCUUGGAGUUGUCCAUGCCAUCUGAGCCUUGGAGUUGUCCAUGCCAUAUGAGAAUCUCCACUUUUCCUCUCCACUUGUUCCUUCCACACCUCUCUUUGCCCCCUCCCCAAUCCGGCACGGGCGAGCAGGCCACAGGGGCGUUUGUGGUCCUCAUGCACCUAAGCUGGCAGAUGGCCCUUGUGACUGCUGCCCUCUGUGCCCUCAUGUGGUGCCUGCUCCUGCGCUAUGCCACCUUCUCUCGGCGGAGCGCCGUGGCACUCCGAGACAUCGAGGCAGAAGCCAAUGCGGUGGCGGAGGAGACCCUGUCGCUGGCCCGGGUGGUGAGGGCCUUUGGCACGGAGAGCAAGGAAGUCGCCAGGUACGAGGCGCCACUCCAGCGCAUCGUGCAUGUGGGUUCGAGGAGGUGCGUGGCGAACGGGCUGUGGGCGUGCGCUGGCAACACCAUCUACAAUGCCACGCAGGUGGCGGCGCUAGUAAUGGGUGGUGGAGCCGUGAUGGCAGGUCAUAUAGCACCGGAGCAGCUGACGCGGGUCAUACUGUACGUGGAGUGGGUGGUGCGCAACAUGUGGUGUGUGGGCACGCACUGGGCCGGGCUCAUGGACGCGGUGGGCUCGUGCCACAGAGUGUUCCAACUGCUGGAUCUGCCGCACUCGCACCAGUUCACAAAGGGCAGCGGUCGCAUACUCCCCUCCCUCCAGGGCAAGCUUGAGAUCCGCAACCUCUCCUUCAGCUACCCCACCCGCCCCCAGUCACCUGUCUUGGAUGGGUUCAACCUGACCAUCCAUCCAGGCGAGCGCGUGGCGCUGGUGGGGCGCAAUGGCAGUGGCAAGAGCACGCUGCUGGCGCUGCUGCAGCGAUUAUACGACCCCACAGAGGGGCAGGUGCUUAUAGACGGCGUGCCUCUACCAGAGAUGGACAUUGCGUGGCUCCGAAGGCACAUCGGCGUGGUCAGCCAGAUUCUUGAACUUUGAUUGAACUCUUGAGAUUGAGUUAAGU